AGUAUAAAGCUGAACCAUUGCGUUGUAUCACGAACUUGACGUCUCGUCAAGUACUGAUAGAAUUUAGAUCUCGUGUUUGUAAAUUAAUUCAGCGAUGGCUGAGAAGUGUGGAUCAGAGAAAGCAUCAAGCUCUUCACCGAACCUGAUAUGUCCAUUAUGUCUUGAUAUAUUUGUUGAGGCGACAAUCUUAACUUCGUGUGGACACACAUUUUGUAGGCGAUGCCUCAAGAAAUACGAUCUAACCCACCAGGACCUUGAUCACAUGGUCUGUCCUCUCUGCAGGGAGAUCACCAAGUUGUCCGCCAACCGUGUCGAUGAUCUCCGCCUCAAUGUCUCCAUCAACGGAUGCGUAGACGAUUACCACGCCAAGUGUGGAGGGAUGAAUGCUGUCCUUGAGAUGUGUCAGAAAUGCACUGCUUGCAAGUCUCUGAAAGACGCUGUAUCAUUCUGCAGAACAUGUAAUUAUUACAUGUGUGAUGAGUGCUUACAUUGUCAUCAACAUCUUACAGUCGUCUUCGAAGGUCAUGAAAUUGUAUCCAUGGAUGAUGUCACCGAUGGGAAGGUCAGCAUUGGUCAUUUAUUCGAGAAGUGUUCCAUCCACAAGCAAGAAAACAAAGAUAUGUUUUGUGAGGAUUGUAAGGUCCACGUCUGUCACAAGUGCAUACUCGUUGAUCAUCAAAAUCACAAAAUCAAGAACCAGGUUGACUUUGAGCAGGAGUUGCGACAGAAGGUGACAGACCUUGCUCAGCGAUGUGCUGAGAAGAAAGCAGAGCUGGAAAAGAACAUUCAAAACAUAGAAAUACAACGUCAUGAGGUACACACUACAGUGCAGACACUACUAGAUGAUGUCAAGCAAGCCUACAGCAUCAAGGCCAAGGAGCUGGAAGAAAAUCUUCGAAAUCUCACCGAGCAAAUACAUGCCUUAGAACGUAGUUUUGAUGACGACCUCGACGUCUUGAAGUCAAAAGAUCGACAGAGGAUCAAGAGUAUUUGUAGUUCAAUUACUUUGGUAGAUAAUGACAGACUGGGUCAUCUUGAGACAGACACUCUAUCUGCUCAUAUCUUGCUCUGUGAGGAGCUGGAUGCCAUGCUGAAGGAGGUUACUGAUCACACUUCUGCGGAAACUAUUAAGAAGAAAGCACAGGAGAAGAGGUUCAAACCAGCAGAUGAAAGUCAACUUGAUCUCGGGAGCAUCUCAGAAUCAGAUCCCAAGAUAGAAGUCAUUCAGUGUGUUGAUCUACGGGAAGGGGUGCAAGGUAUGGCAAGGUACUCAUUUAGCACUGUCGCUAUCGGGUAUGGGUGGUAUGCACAAGGUAUUGAUAUCAUUGAUUCAAAUGGUGGAAAGCUGCGGUAUAGUAACACACCCUUAAGUGACAUGAAAUGUUAUGAUCUGGUUUUGCAACGGGACGGGUCGUUAUGCGUGUCGACUGGUUUUACAGAAGCCCACGUCUACUCUCCCCUUGGCUCCAGGAAAGCAACAAUCCACGUGAGAGACAAUGCGUAUUUUCUCAGAGUUAACAGGAGUCCUACAGAUGAAAUCAUCAUUACUAACUCUGGAAAACAAGUCUAUAUCUAUGACCCGACAGGAUCCACUCUUAAACACACUGUUCAAACAAAGCACAUUACUUAUCAGGCAUCUAUCACCAGGACGGGUUUGAUCGUCACGAGUUCAUGUUGGCACAAUCCAAGGAUGGUGACGGUCUAUGACAGGGAUGGGAAUGCUGGUGAGUCUCUACAAGCUCCACGGGGUGUCUACCUGUACGCUGCCGUGGAUGAGCAGGACAGGGUGUAUGUAGCGAGUGUUGAUGUGUAUAAUAGUUGCGUCGUGAUCAGGCUCUAUGAUCUUGAUGGUCUGAACCUGAAGGAAAGAGUUGAAUUCAAUGCACUUGAUAUGACAUUGAAAUAUGGGUGGUGUUACUUGGUUUCCCUCUCCCCAGACAUGCUCGCCUUCGCUUGUGCUUAUAAGUUAUAUUUCAUCAAGGUUUCACUGUAAUCCAGAUUGUCUUACACCAUAUAGCAUCACAGCCCAAUGAAUAUUGUGUAACAUGUAUUCACCCAGCUAUCCUGUUUUACCUCCAUGGUUCUAUAUUCUAUUGUUUAUUCUAAUUUUAUGAUAUCUUAUUCCAAUGGUAGGAUCCAUCAUGUGACAUUCGUAGGAAUACACAGACUAGUCACGCUUGCUAUAGAACUAUCAGUAAAAUUCCUUUAAAAUUGGGUUCUCCUGGCUGAAAAUAGUAAAAUCAGAAUAUAUAUUAUGAUAUGCUCCAUAGUAUAAAAUGGCAAAACGCUGAAAAUUUCAUCAAAAUCUGAUAAAACAACUAAUCAAUAUGUUAGUUUAUCGAUGUUCUGUGAAAACAGCUCUAUGCAUGCAAUGACCAGUGAUAGGUGGGCUGAUUAUGUGUGGUCCCAACUUUCCCUUUUCUUAUUUCAUUAAAGGACAUCACAAUGUUUGUGUGUAAAAUAUGUUUCAACAAUGAUGAUAUUACCGUCAAAGCAGUAACCAAUCUUAUAACAGUGUCACCAAAGUAUUAAACGCAAUGCUGAUAAAAUUGUCAGUUUUCAGUUUUUUGUUUGUCACUCUCUCAGCCUGAGUACCCCUUCAUUAUUGUAUUGAUCUAUAUUAUGUAAAUAAUUUUGGGUGUAUAUAUACAAAACAUGUUGGUGAGGAUUUUUAUACUGGACUGCAGAGAAAGUGCGAUUGGUUGGUUGUUAGUAAUCAACCAGUGAACCGACGGCUUAAGGUCCUCUCCGAGGGACCUGAUAAUAAUAUCGUAUAAAAGGGCACCAGCGCCCUGACUUGUCAUCUAACCCACUCCACCGGAUUGAGAGACCAACAUAGGCCAACGAUUUCAUGUAUGUGUGUUUAUAAGCAACCAUAUCCUUGAGGCAUAGCCAUGUAUCUGAUUCAAAUUUGUUUUGUUCAUAUUCUCGUAGUUAUCGUGUACAGUAAUGUACAGUAUAUGGACAUCAACAUAUUUCCUUAGAGCGUCGGAUAUAUUUGUUCUCUAUAUGUUUAUUUCAUCCUGUAAUGACUUCAUAAUUUAAUCGGUUGUUAGGCGCAACGAACUUUUCUAUUGAAUUUGAUCAUUAUAAUGCAUAUGAUGAUGACCCCUUGUUAUCUCCUACUACUAAUGAAGAAUGCAAUGUGAACGUGUAAUCACUUUGUAAAUAAGCUCCAAUAUAACAUACAUGGUAAAACGCUGUUUAAAAUCUUAAGCAUGUUAUUUAAGCCCAUCACUGUAACAACUAUUGUUUAAACUUUUUAAAGAAAUUGUUUAAAAAGUUUAAACAAUUACAAAAAAAGUUUAAACAACUUGUUGUUAGAGUGACAUACUUAAACAAUGUUUUUUUUUUUACUGCUUAGUGACUGUGUAAAAUUUGUACAUUUCGAUUAUGUUCACUCUCUGUUGUUUCAUGUUGUGGUUGGGUUGUUAAGUGGUUUGACUUGACUCGAACAUCAUAGAGUAGUUAGAGAUUUCUUACAGGUAGGAAGGGUAUUUUAUUACUCAUAAUGAGAGCGCCCUCUAACUGAAUAUACAUUAUAGGUUAUCAGUUGAAUAAAUCACAUAAACGGGAUACUGUUACAUGUGUCACAUGGGCUGUUAUUCUGAUAGCGAUGGUCAGGCAAAAUGAAUUUUAAUGAUUUAAUCGAUACAUUGCAUACAUAUAUAUAUUCCAUAUUAUAAUAGUUAUCGUAGAAUGUACAUAUCCAUUACCAUAUUUUUUUAAAUGUUAUUUAUCAGUUAAUGACUAUUCAGGUGGGCUGGUAUUCUGAUAGCGAUGGUCAGGCAAAAUGAAUUUUAAUGAUUUAAUCGAUACAUUGUAUACAUAUAUAUAUAUUUCAUAUUCUAAUAGUUAUCGUGGAAUGUACAUAUCCAUUACCAUAUUUUUUAAAUGUUAUUUAUCAGUUAAUGACUAUUCAAGCGAUGAGUCAUAAAUGUUCGGCUCAGCGAAUUUUUCUAUUAGUUUUGGAAUUUGAUCAUAAGCCUAUAUGAGAUAUGAUAAGCUGUAUAUAUGUGCCGUAAUUGUUGGCAUAGCGAAAUUUUCUAUCAGUUUCUGAAUUUGAUCAUAAGCCUAUAUGAGAUAUGAUAAGCUGUAUAUAUAUGAUCAAUUGUUGGCAUAACGAACUUUUCUAUUAGUUUCUGAAUUUGAUCAUAAGCCUAUAUGAGAUAUGAUAAGCUAUAAAUCUAUGUAGAGUAUAUUCUGUUGUCUCCUAUGAGGAAGAUCAAAAUAAAAAAUCACUUUGCUUAACAU